ACCGAUACCCUAGAAACAUUAAUACCAUAAGUAGAAGACACAUAAGAUAAUAAUUUCAUAAUUUAAUGGCUAAAAUGAAUUUUACUUUACUGGUACCAUUUUGUAAUUUUGCAUUAUAUAUACACAUUGGCAUUGAGAAACCCUACCCACCCAUUAUAGCGGCCGCCCCUUUCAUCUCUGUCAGUUCCUCUCUUUCUUUUCUUCCUCUAAAAUGAACAAUCCUUCAUUUGAUUUCUAUUUCAAUUCCUCAUCUCUCUCCUGUGAUCCAGAUCCCAUUAUUUCCUUUUCCUCCAUCCUUUCCUUCCUUUUAUCGUUCACUUGUAGAUCUCCUUUCUUCCUCUCAUUGGCAGAGGAGCAACAGGAGCUGCUGGCGCCAGCGGCGCGAGAAGAGGAGCACGGUGCACUGGGCUGGAUGUGGAGGGUGUCAUCGGCAGUGGUGAGGUCGAGGAAGUCCGACGGUGGAAGUUUGACGACGGCGACAACAAGGAUUGGGGGUCGCUGAUAGCGGGCUCGCUUUUUUUCAAUUUUUUUAUUUAAUCCCAACGGCCAGAAUGGUUAAACCGGGUGGUCGGCUCGAGCGGUUAACUGCCUCAGCCGCUCGCUGACCGCUUCAUAAAGCCGUUCCGGCUAAAUGACUGUGGCGAACCGGUUUUACAGCCGGGUGACGGUUUUAGCGGUCCGACCGGCCGGCUCGGCCCGAUCUUAAUAACACUGCCCAUAACAAUUCUCCCCUCAAGAUAAGGUCCACGAACUUUGUGUCCUCUCCUCAGUUAUUAUCUUGAUCUGCCAGACACUUUGUAUCGACAUGCUCUUUGACACAAGAAUUUACCAUACGCAUAUCUCCAUUCAGAGGCGGACCCAAGUAGGGCCAAGGUGUGUCGAGUCGGCACACCUUUGACCGAAGAUUUUGUGAGAGAGCCCAGUUUUGUCGGUACAAAAUAUUCGAUUCCGAAACUUCCGCACACCUUCGAUAAUUGUAAGCGACACACCUUUAUAAUGCUUAAAGAAAUUUAUUGUUAUUAA